CAGCACCACCGUGACCAGCACAACGGGAACCAGCAGCACCACGCGCAGCAGCACGAGUGCCACCAGCAUAGCAACACGGUGACGAGCUCAAGUGAAUCUAGCAGCACAUCUGUGACCAGCAGCACUACGCGCAGCAGUUCUAGCGCAUCCAGCAGCACCACCGUGACCAGCACGACGGGAACCAGCAGCACCACGCGCAGCAGCACCAGUGCCACCAGCAGCACCACCGCCACCAGCACGAGUGGAACGAGCAGCACCACUGUUACAAGUACGACGGGAUCCAGUAGCACCACACACAUCUGUGACCAGCAGCACUACGCGCAGCAGCUCUAG